AAGAGCAUCCCCCCCCCAUCGUUGGCCCUGCAGGGGGGAUUAUGGCGUCACCUGGGGCCCCUAGUGGGGGUUUUAUAAAGCGCCUGUCUGGCCCCCUUCCCUCCAUCAGAGAGGCUAAAAGGUCCAACUGGACAAUCUAACGAUCCCUGUUCCUGCUUCAGAACACCCCCUCCCCUUUAGCAUUAGCAUCUCCUCUUGACUCCUCACCUCACCUUAGACCUCCACCUGCACCCCCACAUCGUCUCACACCUACGUCUCUGUAACAGGUGGAGGUGAAGAGCAGCUGAGUUGAUUACAGAGACCUGCUGAGAAGAUUCCUCUAAGUCUUUCCUGCCUUGGUUGUUUUACCCUCAGCUGACUAGUAAAAAGUUGUUUUUUGGCAAUUCAAAGGGACCGAAAAGGUAAGCACCUUUUCUUGAGUCUCCUCAAAGAAUCUCCUCUACCUGGUAGACAGCCUCAGGCCAGCAGCCAUCAUGUGGGAGUUCCGGUCGAUGAAUUUUUGGAGGGCAAUCUUUGCGGAGUUCUUCGGGACCAUGUUCUUUGUAUUUUUUGGAAUGGGGGCCGCCCUGCGCUGGACCACCGGGCCUCACCACGUCCUUCAUGUGGCACUGUGCUUUGGGCUGGCAGCUGCCACCCUGAUCCAGUCCAUCGGACACAUCAGCGGCGGCCACAUCAACCCUGCAGUCACAUUUGCCUACCUCGUCGGCUCACAGAUGUCCCUUUUCCGUGCUUUCUUCUACAUCAUCGCCCAGUGUCUGGGUGCUGUAGCUGGAGCGGCUGUGCUGUACGGCGUCACGCCUGGGAACAUGAGAGGCAGCAUGGCGAUGAACACGCUGCAGCCUGGGAUCAGCCUGGGGAUGGCCACCACCGUGGAGGUUUUCCUCACCAUGCAGCUUGUCGUCUGCGUGUUUGCAGUGACGGACGAGAGAAGAAACGGCCGCCUGGGAUCAGCUGCCCUCUCCAUCGGCUUCUCUGUCACCAUCGGGCAUCUCAUGGGGAUGUACUACACCGGUGCUGGCAUGAACCCUGCCAGGUCCUUCGCCCCUGCGGUCCUCUUCAGAAACUUCAUCAACCACUGGGUGUACUGGGUCGGCCCGAUGAUAGGAGGUGCCAUGGGAGCCCUCCUGUAUGAUUUCAUGCUGUUCCCACGUAUGAGGGGUCUGUCGGAGCGCCUGGCCACGCUGAAGGGCAGCCGACCCAGUGAGAGCGAGACUCAGCAGGACACUCGUGGAGAGCCCAUCGAGCUCAAAACACAAGCUCUAUAAACCUGUCCCACCCCUCCACCUUCUCUGAUAGGGCCGGGGGAUUUGAGACAAGUCCCUGAGCUACACCGACCCCACCUCAUCUGCCCCCCCCCACCACCACAGCUUCACACACACACCAUCACACAGUACUAAAAUCCAUUCUCACACUUACUACCAUGUAGCAUGUUGGGAACAUGGAGGUUCACGCCUUUGACCGCAGCCCCCACCCCCACCCCACACACACACACACACACACACUCCACCACUCAUUGUGUAUUUAUAACUGGACAUUGUGUUUUUCAUAAAUGGUGGCCAAAAUCUGAACCGGUAGCUGUCUCGCGUCUCCCUCCCUCCCCCGUCUGCUUCCUCCUCCCUGUCAGGGAUUUAUGAGAGAAAACAGAAACAAAUCAGAGUUUAGAGCA